AUGAUUACAUUCAUACAAGUAACAAGUAACGAUAAAUUCAUUUAUGCUGAUACCCAUCAAUUAUUGGUCAAGGCUGUACCAAAACUGACUCACAAAAAACUAUACAACUUUGCUGCUUUAUUUGUUGGUCAAGAAAAGAAUGCCGAUGCCGAGAUCACUGAAGCUUUCUUACAAUUUAGUAAUGAAAUAGAAGAAGAUUUUAAUAGGCAACAACAGUUCCCCAACAUUCAGUAUAGCACACUAAUCUCAAUAGUCAUGCGUAGCUUUGAGAUGCUUAUAGAGAAUCAUGUUGGAGCCAACUUCAAGCCAAAAACGUUGCGCUAUCUCUUUACGAGGCCUUCUGACACAAUUGAAUUUCCAGACCUCCCUUUCCGAACUGGUGUCAAACGCGACCUAGCUGAACGGGUAUAUAAUGCUAUUUGUACCAAUCAAAAAGUAAUUUACCCUGCUAAUCUGGAAGUUGCCGACACUCACAAAACCUCAAUCAACAACAAUCUUAUUGAUGAAUGCCGCCAAAGAUUACAUGGCUUGAACCUGACUGAAGCAUGUAGAGCAAAUUGA